GACUUCAGUUUGUGUUUCGCUGUGUAAAGCGAAGGGUGCUCGCUCUCGCUUAUGCCGGACCGUUGCGCUACGGAACUCGCCGCGCGAGUCUACUUUGAGCUGUCAUAACCGUCGCGUUGAACUCACACAAGAGUAUUGCCUACGGAAAAGCCGGUAAACCUCAGAAGUUGUCAGUUUCUUUCCGAGCGUCUCUUUUCCAUGCGAGAAUGUGAAUUUCCACAUGAGGAUUUACAGCCGUGCCAUGGUUUUGACCUGCGCGCUCCUGACAGAAAUGGGUCUCUCUUCAUCUACGGGUACAUGAAUCUGAGUUCCACCGGCCAGAUGCCUGAGAUGGAGGAAGUAGAUACCAAUGAGAGCAACUGGAUGGCGAAGAGGGUUGCUCUCAUCAGCUUCCUGUCACUGGUCAUGCUCAUGAGCGUCCUGGGCAACCUGCUGGUAAUGGUGGCCGUCUGCAAGGACCGGCAGCUCAGAAAAAUCAAAACCAACUACUUCAUCGUCUCGCUGGCAUUUGCUGACCUGCUUGUGUCAGUGCUGGUGAUGCCCUUUGGUGCCAUAGAACUGAUCCAUCAGAACUGGAUCUACGGUGAGACCUUCUGCCUGGUCCGCACCUCUCUAGACGUGCUGCUGACCACCGCCUCCAUCUUACAUCUGUGCUGCAUAUCCCUAGACAGGUACUAUGCCAUAUGUUGCCAGCCGCUGGUCUACAGGAAUAAAAUGACACCGAUGAGAGUGGCUCUAAUGAUCGGAGGAUGCUGGAUAAUCCCAGGCGUUAUCUCCUUCUUACCCAUAAUGCAAGGCUGGAACAGUAUUGGAAUACAUGAUUUGAUAGAGAAACGGAGGAUCCUUGGCAACUCCACGGUUUGUGUUUUUAUGGUGAACAAGCCAUAUGCUCUGACCUGCUCAGUUGUGGCCUUCUACUUUCCACUGAUCCUGAUGGUUCUGGCCUACCAGCGCAUCUACGUCACAGCGCGGGCACAUGCCCGUCAGAUCAACCUGCUCCAGAGGGCCGGGAACGCGACUUCGGACAGCGCGGACCACCAACGGAACCAUCGCAUGCGCAUCGAGACCAAGGCGGCCAAGACUCUGUGCAUAAUUAUGGGCUGCUUCUGCCUGUGCUGGGCCCCUUUUUUCAUCACAAAUGUGGUGGACCCCUUCAUAGACUACAGUGUUCCUGAGCAGCUGUGGGCAGCCUGCCUCUGGCUGGGCUACAUCAACUCCAUGCUCAACCCCAUCCUCUACGCCUUCCUCAACAAGUCCUUCCGUCGUGCCUUCCUCAUCAUUCUCUGCUGCGGACAAAAGCGUUACCGCCGACCUUCCAUCCUGGGCCCUGGAACGCCCUGCGCGGCCACGCAGAUUAAUGGCUCUACACAUGUCCUGAAUGGCUGCUCCUCUGUCUCCAAACUGCUCCUCUGGUUCUGCAACACUAGGCCUGUUCCUGUCUAGUGCUGUUUGGGAAGUUGUCAAGUAUUCAGUUCUUCACAAUGGAAACCACAGUGAACAGGAGAAACUAACAGUACAGAUUGACACAGAAUCCCAGGAAUCAUGUUUCUGACAAAGGUCACCCUAUAAUGAGGACCAUCACUGGAAGGUGCCAUUUCUUACCGCCCCACCUGCGGCUCAGACCUAACCAGAGAAUUUCAGGACUCAAAUACUGGGAGUCGGACUGAACUAUUUGCUCAAAGAGCUGGUGAACAAUGAAGGAAAGAAUAAUGAUGCCAAAGGUAUUUUGGUCUAUAUUUUGAGGUAUUUCCAUUUGUAGUGGAAUGCUGGUAAAGUUUGCCCAAUACUUUUUGGCUCACCUGGGAAUACUAUUUCCAAACCAAAAAAGAAAAACACAUCUUACAAGCUUUAUAUGAAGAGGCUGCCUUUAGAUCUGGAGUCGAGAUAACACUUCUGAAGUAACUGCAGAAACGUCUAAACAGCUCACAUGACACUUUGUUCAAAAGUUUUUUCUUUUUAAUAAAAGAGAGUUAAGACUUAUAAACAUUCACAUCACAGUAUUAAAAGCUGGGCGCACAGCUAAGGGAAUUAUCCGCUUAAGUUUUUCUUUAAAGCAAUGAACCUGUGGUGAUUUUUGAUGAUUAAAGUGAAUGACAGACCUUUAACAAUGAAAGCAAAACGAUGAACUAAAUGUGAGAUGAAAGGAUACCAUUUCUGUUCAGAUUCCAGCGUCUAUGUAAUGUGAAGAAUGAAAGUCUAUCCUUGGGUAGGAUUUAUUCCAAAGGUACGCCACAAAAUGUCUAACAGAAAUAUAUUUUUUCUGGGAUGCAGACUCGAUAUACUUUACGUUCUGUAAAACAUCUGAAGUGCUUUGAGCAAUAAGAUGCUCUACAAGCUCUUAGCUAAAUCACACACAAUUAAAGCACAGAUGUGCUCAUCUAAACACAUGUGACCGAUCUUUGAUCAGCGAUGCUUUUCGCGUGCAUCACUAAAUCCAUUCAUUUCCAUAGUGAUUUACAUUCCAAGAGUCUUCUCUGACAUAAACAACUCAGUAUUUUAUAGCUGCAUGAUGUCUGGUGACUAUGUGUUACUGAAAUGGCAUUCGAAAUGAAAUAUUCAGUAACAGCAACCAAAUUUUUCUGCUGCUGUCCCAAACAUUGUGGAUAAGAAAAUGUAGCUGUUCUUAUGGUGGCGUUCACACCUGACGCGAAUGAAGCGUUAAAGCGAGUGAUUUACAUGUUAAGUCAGUGCAAAGAUGCGAUAGACGUCCUGCGGUGUGAUUUGUGUGCAUUUGCGCAAGUUGAGCGCUUGAUGCGCGUAAUGAAUGAUUUAAUGCAAGUUGAAAAAACGGAACUUUGGCAGAUAUUUGCGCCACAUCAGGAGCUUGGUCUAGUAGCAAGCUGAGGCAGAAAUACGAAAUAACAAUGGAGGACAAAAUCAUUUUCACUGUAUGUGGACACCCUGCGCUGUAGGGGAGAGCGGGGCACAACCUAACGCUUUUUGGUUUUGGCUCAAUCAUUCCGAAUUUUUUAGUUUGAUGAAUUAUAUUUUUACACAAGCAACACACAUCUCUGCUACAAAUGAACAUUUGAAGUUUGUUUCUAGUACUUACCAUUCUUGGACAAUUACACCAAACGUGACAGAAGUGCAAAAGUUACAACUUACCCCAUAGGUGGUAGGGGGUUAGUUGUAAAACUUGCUAAAAAUUAAGUUUGCAGGCAAAUAUUUCAAUACUAUUUUGUUUAUAUACUUGAAGUGGAUAUUGUUUAUAUAUCUGUCUAUAAUAGACAGGUAUCAACACUGUAUUCAUUCAUCCAGCUCUUUUUUAACACUAGUUCAAUUAUAAAUGGAUACAAAUGUCUAAAUAUGUAAGAAAAAGCAGCACAAUUAUGACAAAACUUUUUUUAUAUGUGACCCAGUCUGUAAUAACCAUAUUACAGUUUCAAAUUCUGAGAUAAUGAGCAUCAAAGUCUGAUUUCAUCCUUUCAUUUCAUUAUGAUUUCAAUCUUUGACGUGACCUUAUUCAAUCAAUAUUAAAGAUAUGAACAAAAAUAAAUUUGACACACGGUUUUUGAUAAGACAGAAACAUUUAUUUUGUUGACAGCCAGCAAUCCUUUGUGUGUAGUCUAUUUAAAACUACGGCAAGAACUAUGCGAACGUAGUCAGUUUUCAUAUCGUAAGUGCUGAUGGGUUAGUUGUAACACAGCGUUGCAAUUAACCCCGCUGGGUCAAAAUAUUUUCAAGCCCACCAAAAAAGUUGCUAAAAGCUGCAGACAUAUUUCAAAACAAUGCUAUGUUUUAGUCAACAAGACACUGAUUAAUUUGACUUAGCACUGGAUUUGGUAUCUUACACACCCAACUUAGAAACCGGAAAAAAAAAACAUAUGAUGAAAAAAUGUACUUACAUGCCACCAAAACACUCAUUCAUCAAUAACUCUCUGGAAAAACAUUAUACAUUUAUUAUAAUUUGCAAGAGAUCGUCUUUUGGCAGUGUGAAAAAAACACCAGAACAACAAAACGCACCUUGUGCAACAAUGUAAACAGUCCGUGUUACAACUAACCCUUCGUUGUUUUUUCCGCACACAACCCUACGACACAUCUAUGUACUUUUUAUAGCAACAGGAAUAAAAAAGAUCUUGCAUGAAAGAAAGUGAGUGAGGAGGUCGUACAGUCUGGUAAGUUGUAAAACCUUUACUCAAUUGGAGCUAAAUAUAUAGCGAGUUAACUAAAAAAUGUUCAAGCGUCCAACUACGCGUGAAUAGUGUGAUUUAUUCGCUUCAUUCGCGUCUGGUGUGAACGCACAGUUACAAACAUUUUAAAAAAAUUCCAAACUUGUGACAAAUUGUGGAACGUGAUUGUUUAAUUUUGGUGCACUGUUCCUUUAAGCUUGGAGUAUAGUCUGUUUUUUUACGUGUAUACAGCCUACAUUCACUGCUAGGCGCAUUCGCGACCUACGCUUACAGUAUACAUGGGGUUUCAAAAAUUUGGUGGUGCACAUAUAGUACGUUUCCCUCUUCACGAAAUUUGCGUUAUGCACUGUACGCGGACCCUCACGUAUGCGUAACAGUGGGACUAUACUUCUAGCUUUAAGGGUAAUUCCUAUACAUCAGGAGGGGAAAUAUACAGCUGCUAAUGAACGUAUGUGUCACAAAAAAAAAAUAUUUCAGGGACGAAAUUGAGUAUGGUCCGAUAUUUUAAACGUAGAUGAGGGUCUGCGUACAGUGCGGGUGCUGCAAUUUUCGCCAACAGAAGAUGCAUACAUGUAGUAUGUAGCUCAGGAGAUGAUUUGCAUUUUGUCGCAAUGCACAUGCGUCAAAUAAACUAUACUUUACUAAGCUGUGCAUUUGAUCGUGUGCAUAUGUACACAUAAAAAACUUCCAAAGUAGUGCCAUGGUUCCUUACAAAGCCCUGCCCAAGCAGAACCAACCAAGAACAAUUUACACCCCUGAAAUCCAGCACUUAUCAGUCUGUGCCUCUGCCUAAAAAUGAAUACUACUUGUUGCUUGAAUUGAUCAAAUAAAUGUAAAGAUUUUUAAAAAAUGAAAUUUUAUGUGCCAGCCAGUUUCAUGCGGGGAACAGUUCAGUUUAUUUGCAAAUUUGCAGGGACAGCUACACAUCAAGAUAUAAAUAUCAAAAUGUACAGUCCUCGUAUUCUUUGUUGUUUCGAAACGGUGACCUCUCCUGCAAAUAAAGCACUUGUAGCACUUUUUCUAACAUAACAAUUGUUGUACCCACAAGUCAUUCAGUAUUCUGGUCACGAUGAAUGCAUUUAAUUUCGUGAUCAGUUUUCAUUCAUGUAAUCAUUCACUGAAGUGAUGCACAUUAGGAGGAACACAUUGAUCCUAUGGUAUAUCAUUCAGACCUUUAUGGCCUGGUACGAGAAAAAUGCCCACUUAAAAAUUUCUGUAUGUUUGUAUCAACUGAUAUUUAAUUUCUUAAAAAAAAUAGAGCUUAGUUUUUGAAGUCUAUUUUGAUUUUAUUGUACAUAGGAAUAUAUUUUUAUGCAAAAAAAAUGACGUGUUCCUUUAAAUGCUUAGUCAGAUGUGUUUCUUCUUCCAGUUUGGUAAUUCAGCGGUGGCCAUGAACUCAACAAUGUCAUUCAAAGCAAUGUCAUUCGAGCUGUGUACCACGCUAUUUGUUUUUUUUUUUACAAUUGAACAUGUACAUGGUCGUGCCUUCACAUCCAUCUUACAGAUGUACAGAGCAUUGUGAUCUAUACAGUGAAACUGUGCAAGUUAACACAAAUACAUGAUGGUAGUGCUUUUAUUAUUACUAAAGGACUCUGAAGAGUAUUUUCCCGGUAAACCAGUAUGAUAAGUUAUAUAAGUUAACCUUUUCAAUGUAGCAUCCUUUGAUCCUUGAAGUUCAUUGUUGUUUUUAAAAGUAAGCCAUUUUUGUUGGUUACAACAGAAAAAAGCUUGCACAAUUGCCUGUCAGUCGUUGGUUGGAUGUCAUCGUGUUAUUCAAAAUAGGGAUGGAGAUUGUUAAGGAUUAAGGCUAAAAGAAAACGGGUGACUGAGCAAAAAGCAGAUCUCACGAAAUUCGGUUAUAAGCACAGAUGGAUGUAGACAAUAAACAUUGUGGUAUACUCCGCAGCCAUGAUGGGUACCUAAAACACUCCUACAUGAGUUAUUUCAUCUAAAAGAACUAAUAAAUAUCAUUAAGUGCUCUCUCCAAACAUUAAUGCUUACCUACUGGACCUUCAGGGUUAUCAAUAAUAUCUGAAUUUUAUGUAAAAUUGAUUCCUACAUUGCUUCGCCAUGCGUACUUAUAACAUUUAACCUCACAUAUGAACCGUAAAUGAACACCUCAGAGCCCUGAAGACAGAAGUUUAAAGCAUGAAUGUGUUGUAAAUCUCCCAACAAGUUGUAAAACUUUUGUAAACUCAGUAUUUAUUAUGGUGGAUUUAAGAUUGAUAUUUUCAUGUAAGGCUUCUCUUUCAGGGAGCUAUGUGUAUUACUUUUUCUGUUGCUAUGUGACAGCUCUAAAAAUGACAAUUAAAGAAUA